AUGUUCACCCAAAAUCUCGGAUGGACAUUGUUCAUCUUUGGUAUGAUCGCUUGUGGUAGAUCAUUAGUAGUGGCUAUGAGAGGGUGCAAUGUCUCCAACAACGGAUGUGGUUCAUCACAAGACCCUCUACGAAUCCCUCGUUUCAUCCCUCGUCUAUUCCUUCUAUCUUAUCUCUCAUUCACGAUAUCGUAUAUUUUACAAAGUAUCGACCUAAAGCUUGGCCCGAACGUACAAAUGGGAGAGAAGAUGAUAGUUUGGUUCAUCACCUUGGGUCUUAUGGGUUUACCGAUAUACAGCGCCCAAGUCCGGAUGAUAUUCAAACAUUCUUUUGGCAAUGGUAGUUGUAGUAGCUCUUUGAAGAUGUACGAGUGCGAGUGUUAUGGGGAUAAUGAAGAUGAGGGAGAAAGAAAUUUGGAAGGUGGAGUUAUCAAAGAGGAGAUGAGAAGAGAUUUGAGAUGGUUGACUGUUGGUCACUCCGAUAGGAGCAGGAAGGUCAGAGAAUAA